CGGCCCUGCUCCUGCUCCUCCUCCCCCCUCCCCUCUCGCCUCUGCCCCUGCCCCGGGGCGGCGGGUGGCGCUGGCCACGGCGGCUCAGGGCUCAGUGUCCUUGUGCGGAAAUGACACACGGUCCCGUCACGUCACGCGAGAGCGCAGCGCGCGGACCCUCGCACACAAAGAGCGGGGGGGAAAAGCGGGCACCAGAGGCGGCCGCUCCAGCCGCCCUCGCCGUCCCGGGGCUGCCGUGUCCCCUGGCCGAGCCGAGUGAAGUAGAAGAUGAAUUCAGCUGAAAUCACUGAUGAUGAUGAAGUAAAAGUUCCUCAAAAAAAUAUUGUGAAAGUAGAAGCGAAAAAUGAAGAUGAAGCUCUAGAUUGCUCGAUAACAUCCAGAUCUACAGAGAAACACUCACUGGAUGGCACAGUUACUUGCCUGCAGGAUUCCAACAAGCGGAAACAGACUUCACUUGGUUGUGAUGGUUUAGGGAGCCAGCAAGAUGUCGUACUCAAUGUGAAGAAAAGACGCUUUACACAAGAGGGCCCCAUUUCAAACAUGAAGAACAGAGAUACUGGCUCACCCACUCAGGUAAAUUCAGAGCAGCCAAACAAGAACAAGAAUCCUAACGUAGCGUGGCUCAGUGAAGAAGAAUCCUUCAGUGACAUAACCACUCCAUCUUACAAAAAACCUCUCUAUGGCAUCUCACACAAAAUCACAGAGAAAAAGAACCCACCGGGAGCAGAACAAUUCACUUCUUACGAGUUGUUUGAAAAAAUCAACCCCAACAGUCCCUCACAUCUUCGGACUUUGAACGAUCAACGCAAAAGGGACUCGGCUUCAGCCAUUGCCGUAACAGCGGGCACCACAGAUUCUGACCCAAAUAUCUAUUCUUUGAUACAAAAAAUGUUUUACACGCUCAACACCCUCAAUACCAAUAUGACUCAGCUUCACAGUAAAGUUGACCUCUUGUCUCUGGAGGUUAGCAGAAUCAAAAAGCAAGUCAGUCCAGCAGAGUCUGUUGCAGACUUCAAGCCUCCGCCAGAGUACCAGCUGACUUCUGCAGAGCUCAAACAGAUCAUGGAUCAGAGCACAUCAGGUGGAGACUUAGCUUGCCGGCUGCUAGUGCAGCUCUUCCCAGAGCUCUUCAGUGAUGACGAGUUCGGCAGAAGCUGUAGUGCAUGUGGCUUUCUCAACAAAAGGAAACUUGAAUCUCUGCACCUGCAGCUGAUCCGUAACUACGUGGAAGUUUGUUACCCUUCUGUGAAGAACACAACCGUGUGGCAGGUGGAGUGUUUGCCUCAAGUCAAUGAUUUUUUCAAUAGGUUUUGGGCUCAAAGGGAAAUGGAAAACAGUCAGCAGAAUGUACAGUCAUCCAGUUUCUAUGAGACAGAGCAGGUCGAAUCCUCUCAUUUUAUGGAGGAUAAGGAGCAAGAUGAAGCUUUGUCCUUGGAGAGGAGUAAUAUCAUUGCCUCAGAUUACAUGCUGGAUGCCCAGGAUCUCCAUGAAUUUUUAGAUGAAGCUUCUUCUCCGGGAGAAUUUUCUGUUUUUCUGUUACACAGAUUGUUUCCAGAACUCUUUGACCACAGAAAAUUAGCUGAAAGGUAUAGCUGCUAUGGAGACUCUGGGAAACAACUGCUGGAUCCUCAUCGGCUUCAAGUAAUCCGUAGGUACACGGAAAUUUACUUUCCAGAUGUGCAGGAAGAAGAAGCCUGGUUGCAGCAGUGUGUUCAGAGGAUAAACGACGAGCUUGAAAAUACCUAUAUGGAUGGAAGUGAAUGUGACCAGAUGAGGGAUGACUGUUACGAUUCCUCUAGUUUACCAGAUGAUGUAUCGAUCAUAAAAGUGGAAGACAGUUUUGAAUACGAAAAACCCGGCAGACGCUCAAAAAAAAUUUGGCUUGUACCCAUAGACUUUGACAAACUUGACUUUCCCCCUCCCGAUUUUGAUGUCCCUGUCCCAGAUUACCUGUUGAACAAAGAACAGAUUAAAAGCAUAUAUGAAAGCAGUCUGUCCAUAGGAAACUUUGCCUCUCGACUGCUUGUUCUCCUAUUUCCUGAACUGUUUACUCAUGAAAACUUACGGAAGCAAUACAACUGUAGCGGAUCUUUAGGCAAGAAACAGCUCGACCCCACUAGAAUUAAAUUAAUUCGACACUAUGUGCAGAUACUGUACCCCAGAGCAAAGAAUGACAGAGUGUGGACGUUGGAGUUUGUUGGGAAGCUUGAUGAGAGGUGUCGGCGAAGAGACACGGAGCAAAGGCGCUCGUACCAACAGCAACGGAAAAUCCACGUGCCGGGGCCCGAGAGGAGGGAAUUUUUCAGCUAUGCAAUAAACCCCGAGCGGUUUCGAGAAGAAUUAGAAGGGCCACCACUGCCACCGGAAAGAAGCAGCAAGGAUUUUUGCAAGAUACCACUCGAUGAACUCGUUGUUCCUAAUCCAGACUUCCCUGUGCCUUCAGUGUAUUUGCUGUCUGAUAAGGAGGUCAGAGAGAUAGUGCAGCAGAGCCUGUCGGUCGGCAACUUUGCCGCCAGGCUUCUCGUAAGACUCUUUCCUGAACUCUUUACUCCUGAGAAUCUCAGACUGCAAUACAACCAUUCAGGUGCUUGUAAUAAAAAACAGCUCGAUCCUAUCAGACUGAGACUGAUCCGUCAUUACGUAGAGGCAGUUUACCCCGUGGAGAAAAUGGAAGAAGUGUGGCAUUAUGAAUGUAUACCGAGCAUUGAUGAAAGAUGCCGGCGGCCUAACAGGAAAAAGUGUGAUAUACUGAAAAAAGCAAAGAAAGCAAAAAACUGACAGUUCCUUGAAGUUCCUAAGACUUUGACCACUAAAUUAUUGUCAGGAUUACGCUCUGGUUUAGACUGAGGGGCCUGCCAGGAGCUGAGGGUGCUCAGCAUCUAGGAGAGUCAGGCGCUAAGGUUGUUGCGUUUUAAUGUGUGUGUUGUACCUAUGUGGGCGCUGCAGCAGUGGGAAGUGGCUUACUACGUUUGUACAUGGGUUAAGAACAGAAAGCAUCAGUGACAGAGCUAUCCAUGACUCACUACAGAGCAUGAUGGUCAGCUGGUGCAGCUACGUGUAUUGAAACUGUAUUACUCCACUCCCCAUUUCUGCAUUUUUAUUUUUUAUCACUUUCUAAUAAUAAAGAAUAUUUUUUUUAAUUGUGCUGUUCAGGGGGAGUUUUUCAUUAUACCCUUAUAAGCAGUCUUCUGUAGUUAGUCUGGAGUUUGAAAUUUGACCUUAAUUUGAAUUUGAAAGUGCCAUGUUCAUUGGAAAUCAUUGGAAUGUUAGACUUUGCUUCUAUAGGAAUUGCAGCUUCACAGUUGUUUUGUUCUUGAUGAUACUGAGGUACUGAAAAAAAAUAACAUGUCAAAGAAUGGGUCAGAAUGCUGUCACUUGCAUUUUUGACUGUUACCCAGGUUUUAUUUCUAAAACCAAGAAUUGACUUUUGAAGAAUUGAGACAUGAGUGUAGAAACAAUGUGAAUGAUUGGUUUGGGUUUUUUUUUAUUGACACCACAAGCUUGAUCCUGCUCCUGUGAGCUGUUUUCUUUGUUUUAUUUUGUCCGGUGUCAUUGCUGGCAUGACUGAGGAUGGCUUGUCGGAAUAAAGCCAGGAGAACAGACCCAUGGAAUGUCUUGCCAUCACCUACCUGACACUCUUAUUUGUAAAAUAACAAAACCAGAAACAACAAGACCCAACACAAGAACUGAGAAAAAUUUUAGACAUUACUCUCAAAACUUAUUAUUCCAAAGGUUUCCAGUAUUCGUAUUGAAAUGCAUAUAUAGAAAGUAUGUGCAAAGA